AUGGUAGAAACAGUUUCGUUACGCCAACGCUCGAAUUUGCAGCAUUUUUGUGCAGGCACCAUCAUACAUCACCAAUGGAUUCUCACCGCUGCGCAUUGUUUUAUGUACAUCAAAGACCCCCGAGAAUUGGUCGUACAAUAUGGCACAAAUCAACUGAAAUCGGGUAAAGCAAAAUUUAUGAACGUCAGCAAGAUACAGAAGCAUGAAGGAUAUAGCCACACUAUAGCCAUACACGACAUAGCAAUUUUGAAGUUGGAGAAAACACUUAAGCUCAAAAGCACAGAUUUAGUGAAACUUGUUAAAGCAAAAGAUUGUACAGAGUUCGCUCAAACUAAAGAGCCCACGCUCCUUAUAGGCUGGGGUCUCAAUGAGACAAAUGGCGUAUUGCAGCAACAACUGCAAAAGGUGUCACUUAACAUACUCGCGCCAGCUCAGUGCCGCAAGCAAAUACAAUCACUGUUACAUAGCACAAAUCUAUGUGCCGCCGCAGCCAAUGGCACCACACAGGGACAAUGCAGCGGUGAUUCUGGUGGGCCACUACUGUUAGACAAUAAACAAAUCGGCAUUGUUUCCUGGAGUCUAAAACCGUGUGGCGUCUACCCUGGAGUGUUCACCAAUGUCGGUUGUUAUGCAAAGUGGAUAGGUGAGUGGAUCGAGAAGUGA